AUGGAAAAAGGGAUCCCGCUGAAUGACCAGGACAGGAUUCCAUGGCUCUGCAAGUUACAUGACAUCUUACUAAGAGAUGUAGCCUCCGGACAGCAUGUGGUUCUAGCCUGUUCAGCUCUGAAGAAAGUGUACAGAGACAUCUUAAUACGAGGAAAAGAUGGUGGACCUCUGAAAUGUGAGCAGAUGCGGAAGGACAAACAGCCAGCUGAGGUGAAGCUCCUCGUGGUCUAUCUGAGUGGGUCGUUUGAGGUCAUCUCUGGACGCUUACUCAAAAGAAAAGGACAUUUUAUGCCCCCUGAGUUACUGCAGUCCCAGUUUGAUACUCUGGAGCCCCCAUCAGAUCCAGAAAAUUUCAUCCAAAUCAAUGUGGACAAAAAUCUUUCGGAGAUAAUUGCUACAAUUAUGGGAACUCUAAGAUAACAUGAAAACUGUUUCAGAUCAGUGGUCUGGAACAAUCAGGCAGAAAUUUCUAUCCCAACUCAAACUACGUUCUAGUAUCUUUGUCAAUACUGUAUUCUAAAUUCUUGAGGUGAAUCAACCAUAGUGUACUGAGAUAUGUGUGUUUGGGUACGAUUCGAAGAAUCUGUGGUACUCUUGGCAUUGUGCCCUGGCACACU